AUGUGUGAUGAUGACAAUGACGAUGACGAUGAUGAUGAUGAUGAUGAUAUAAGCAGGACUAUUUGGAAGAAGAAAGGAACUAUCAGGAAUGGAGUAGUGAAAAAUCUUUUUAAAAAACACCUCAAAAUUUUGCAAUAUAAAUUUCAUUCUUUCGUAACGCGUGCCCCUCCCGGGCGUCGGCGCUCCGGCGUCCUGGCUGCCGGCGCCCUGGCCUGGCUGCUCUUCUGGGCGGCUGGGCUGGUCGGCAGGCUCGCCGCGGACCUCAGCGAUGCCCCCUUCAGCUCUGGUAUAAGGGCCACUUGUUCUGAAAUAAUUUUGAGGCAAGAAUUUUUGAAAGAUGGUUUCCACAGAGACCUUGUAAUCAAAGUGAAAUUUGGAGAAAGCAUUGAGGACUUACAGACUUGCCGGCUCUUAAUUAGACAUUACAUCCCAACAGGAUUUUUUGUGGAUCCGUAUGAGUUGGCUUCAUUACGAGAGAGAAACGUAACAGAAGCAGUGAUGGUAUCAGAAAGUUUUAAUAUAGAAGCCCCCAACUAUUUGUCCAAAGAAUCCGAAGUCCUCAUCUAUGCACGACAAGAUGCACAGUGCAUCGAUUGCUUCCAGGCCUUUUUGCCUGUGCACCAUCGCUAUCAUCGGCCACAUAAGAAAGAUGGAGACACCCUGAUUGUGGUCAACAACCCAGAGUUACUGAUGUACUGUGACCAAGAGUUCCCUGUUUUGAAAUGCUGGGCUCAGUCAAAAGUGGCAGCUCCCUGUGCUUUGAGAAGUGAGGAGAUCUGCCAGUGGAACAGCAUGCAGUAUAAAUCAAUACUUAAGAAUUUGACCCUGCAAGUUCCUGUGGGACUGACUAUACACACCACUUUAGUGUGUUCUGUGACUCUGCUUAUUACCAUCCUGUGUUCUACUUUGAUCCUGUUAGCUGUUUUCAAAUAUGGCCAUUUUUCCCUGUAAGUUUUAUAUAGUUAGAUGUUUUCUAGGGACCUAAUAAAUGAGAUCUAUUCCUUUGUGACAAAAAAAAAAAUUUCAUUCU